GGUGGGAGGGCCUGGGGCUUCCCGGGGUCGUCUAUUAGUGCUGAGCUAGGUUGAGCCGCGGCCUGGGACAGCGGGCGCAACCCUCGGCAGUUGGUCCUCAUGAGUACUAGGACUUGUGCCAGCCCCAAACCGCCAACUCUUCUGGAAUUUAGAGCAUCUGACCCAGACUUCAAGAGUUAAGGGCUGCAUUAAAUGCCUGUUGGCCCAGCUGAUCCAGAAUGGCUACCCUGGUCUUUGUUGAUAAGGAAAAUGGAGAACCAGGCACCCGUGUGGCUCCCAAGGAUGGGCAGAAGCUGCGGUCCAAGCCUCCAGUCAAAGCUUUAGAUGGGAAAUCUCAGUUUUCAACACCACGUGUAGGCAAAAUGUUUGAUGCUGAAGGAGCCUUACCUAAAGUUGCCAGAAAGGCUUUGGGAACUGUCAACAGAGCCACAGAAAAUUCAGUAAAGACAAAUGGGCCUUUUAAAGAGAAGCAGCCAAACUUCUCUGCCAAAAAGGUAACUGAGAAGACUGUCAAAGCAAAAAGCACUGUUCCAGCCUCGGAUGACACGUAUCCUGAAAUAGAAAAAUUCUUUCCCUUCAAUCCUUUAGAUUUUGAGAGCUUUGACUUGCCUGAAGAGCACCAGAUUGCACACCUCCCCUUGAAUGGAGUGCCUCUCAUGAUCCUUGAUGAGGAGAGGGAACUUGAAAAGCUGUUACACCUGGGGCCCCCUUCACCUCUGAAGAUGCCCUCUCAACCAUGGGAGUCUAAUCUGUUGCAGUCUCCAAAUGUUCUGUCGACCCUGGAUGUUGAAUUGCCACCUGUUUGCUAUGACUUAGAUAUUUAAACUUCUUAACACUUAACAGUUUGUAUGUUUUGUAUUAAUAAAGCAAUUCUUUAAUAGACUCUUCUUAA